GGGUUUAAAUCCACUGCAGCAUCUAGUGGAGAGCAUCUUUCUGCAUUCUGUUCUCUCGUUCGCCUGCUUGUUUUCUUCUCUCACGCGCUCUCACACACUCCCUCUGUUUCUCUCACACUCUCCCUCCCUCCCUCUCUCCCUCUCUCUCUCUCUCUCCUCUCCCGCGUCACCACUGUUCUCGUUAACAGAGUCCCAGUCUGUCUGUCUGAGCACAGAUCGCCUAGGCUACUCUCCGAAGAGCAGCGCACACCGGCUGUAGGCUCGCGCAGAGACACACACACACACACCGCACACACAUACACGCACAGGCACGCGUGGGGCACGCAGACACACACACUCGCACACGCGUGGAAGCUUCUCUCCGGCCGGCAGACACCGACACAGACCCUCAGAUCAGCAUGGACGCCCUGAGGAAAGGCUUUUCCAUCGCCAGGGAGGGGGUGGUGGCAGCCGCGGAAAAGACCAAAGAGGGUCUGGAGGAGGCAGCUGCCAAGACCAAGGAGGGGGUCAUGUAUGUGGGUACAAAGACAAAGGAAGGAGUGGUCUCCGGGGUAAAUACAGUGUCUCAGAAAACAACCGAACAGGCGAAUAUCGUGGGAGAAGCGGCGGUUACCGGUGCCAACGAAAUGUCCCAGAAAACAGUGGAGGGGGUGGAGAACGUGGCGCUCUCCACCGGACUGGUCAAUCCGGAUGGAGCUGUCACUGAGGGGAACCUGACCCACCCUGAGGGAGCUGUGGAGCAGGCAGGAGAAGCAGGACAGUAGGGAUAUUAGUCCAUUGUCCAGGGACCAGCAGCGACCCCCCCCCGGCCCCCCAAGUUGCUGCAAGGAGUGCCCAUGGCAGCAGCUCAGACCACCCAACUGCCCCACCCCAUCACACCCCACCACACCCCUGCCCCCAUACCCAAAACAACACCAGCCCCGGACAUCUCCUGGCUAAUAUUAUUCACGGCUUAAUGGAAACCAAAUUUGGAAAGGACUCCAUGCCCAGCCCCCUCCCUCUCACAAUCUGCCCAUACAUUAAUUCCUCCGCUACCCUCCCUUCCUACCUACCCAUCUGCCCCCAUCACCAAAAACACGGCCCCCCCUCCCGAACAGGACGGUGUUUGUCUGCAGUCCCCGCGCAUUGGCCCCGCCCAUCCGGUCAGAGAGACGUACACACCCGAUAACCAGUUUGUGUAACUCUUGUCGUCUUAGAAGUGCAGAAAUGUAAAGACUUAACCGGUAGUGUGCACGUUAAUACGUUAAUGAAUAAUGUAACGCCUGUACUAAUGCAGUAACGUUAGAUGUCCUCAUACAGUAAUAGUCUGCUUUACAAGGUUUUCUGAACAAGGCCUGUGUUACCUAACAGUUUGUUAUCUAACACCCACCCCCCACCACCGCACCUGCAUAUACCCCCCUCCCCCCCCACCCCACCCCACCCCACCCCACCCCACCCCACCCCAACCCACACAGUGUGGAUACCCAGGUUUGGGAAACUAAGGGGUAUAAAAAUCUCCCAUUAAGUCACCUGUCCCUGUUUUUCAACACAGACACCUGAGAGAGGGCUGUAGCGCCACUCGUGCCCAGAGAAAGAGGGGAGCCACCCGUACUGCUGGGACCACAACCCGCCGACCAUAUAAGCCAAUGGGAAACAGUUACAAGGAAAGCGGGUGUAAGAUCUGACUCUGGCUGAUAGUUGCCAGGCUGUCAGAGUGCAGUGUGUUCAUCCCAGUGGUGGGUGGGGAUGCAUGUGGAUUAACUCAGCUAACAAAGUGUCUCCAGCGUUGUCAAUCUGCCCCCCCCCCCCCAUAAUCUCAGCCCCUACCUCCACCCUAUCAUUCAGCACCCAACCGUCACCCAGCCUUGUGUCUGCUUAAAGUGACUAGAACAGGUCUUUUAAAGUACAGCAGUGUUAUUUCUUUGAAGCCAAUGGAAACCGAAGACUGCAUGUUGCCUUAUCAGCAAUUGUAUGUUUGUCCUUUCACUGACACAUGCACUGACACACACAAAUACAUAAACACACAAACAUGCUCAAGCCCAUGUACACAUGUAUAAUACAUACACAGACACCCACACAAACUCAGGUCAACACUCACAUGCACAGUACACAUGCACACAUGCACGCAUCCACGCAUGCACACACUCACACAUGCACACACGCACAAACACAUGCACACAAAUAUGCUCACAUAUACAUGCACACACUCACACAUGCACACACGCACAAACACAUGCACACAAAUAUGCUCACAUAUACAUGCACUCACAACAUUUAUAAGUUGGCAUCAAAGCAGACGGCUGAUUUUAUAAACUGUAAAACUAAAAAUAAAGACAAUUUUGUUGAAAUCCAAA